CCAAACAAAAGCAGGUGCUUUUGUUUUUACAGUACUUUGUUUCAUCCGUAGGGUCAACAUGGAGACAAAUAACUGCUACCCGUUGGUGGAACGAUUUUGCCCAGACUUGGUCAUCAAUGUAGGAAAAGUGACUCUUGGAGAAGGAAACAGAAGAAAGCUGAAUACAACUCAGAAACAAGAGAAGGCAAGGUUUACAGAGGCUGUGUGUGCUUUAUUAAACUCAGGAGGAGGAGUGAUUUGGAUGAAAAUGGAAAACAAUGAUGAGUGUCCUGUGGAGCUGGGACAAGAUUUAGAACAGUCUUUGAGAAACCUUAUUGAGUUUUCAGACUUUGAGACUUUCUUUGAGAUCAAGCAGCAAGACGAGCAUUUUUACAUUUUUGUUAAGUCCUGGAGCAGUGAAGACAGUUCUGUGAGGCCCCGCAUUUGCAGCCUGAGUUCUUCACUACACUAUAGAUCUGGCACCUCUGCACUUCCCAUGGAUUCAAGACAGGCAUUCCAUCUCCUCAAGACCAAGAAAAAAGAUGCAAAAUGUAGUUUGAUUAAUGAAGGAUCUCCCCCUAGUAAAAUUCCCAAAGCUGACCAUCAGAGCACCUCUGAAUCAAAUCCUGCAUACAAAGUUUUCCAAAUGAACAGGCUUAAAUAUGGUGAAAUCCUGCCAUUUACUGAAUCUCAAUCCAUAGAGUUUAAACAGUUUGGUACAAAAAACACCCAAAAAUAUGUGAAAAAGAUAAUUCCAGAGUACGUCUCAGCAUUUUCAAACAGCAAGGGAGGCUAUCUUUUUAUUGGAGUGCAUGAUAAGAGUAGAGAAGUCCUGGGAUGUCCAAAAGAAAAUGUUGACCGAAACUCUUUGGAAAGUGUAAUAGCAACAGCAAUUUCCAAGAUGCCCGUUGUCCACUUUUGCUCUUCCAAACCAAGGCUGGAGUGCACCAUAAAAAUCAUAGAUGUGUUUAAGGAUGAAGAGUUGUAUGGUUAUCUCUGUGUGGUUAAAGUGGAGCCAUUCUGCUGUCCAGUGUUCUCAGAAGAUCCCAAAUCAUGGAUGGUGAAGGACAUGCACAUCUGCAGCCUGACAGCCAAGGAGUGGGUAGGCAUGAUGAUAGAUCCCAAUCCAGAGUUACUUUCAGAGUUGGCCGAGGCUUUUGAAUCUCAGCUGAGCCUAUCCCACAGACCUUCAUUUUGCAGACCGGUGUAUUCUAAGAAAGGUCUGGAACAUAAAGCAGAUCUUCAACGACAUUUGUUUCCAGUGGCAUCAGAUCAUUUGAGAUACACUCCCGAAUCCCUCUGGAAGGAGCUAUCCUCAGAGCAUGAAGGGCUGGAGGAGUUAAUAAAUAGUCAAAUGCAUCCUUUCUCCCAGGGAAUUUUGAUCUUCUCCAGAAGCUGGGCUGUGGACCUGAGCUUGCAAGAGAAGGAAGGAGUCAUCUGUGAUGCUCUGCUCAUAGCACAGAACAGCGCCCCCAUUCUCUACACCAUUCUCAGGGAGCAGGAGGCAGGGGGGCAGGAAUACUGCACCCGCACAGCCUUUACUUUGAAGCAGAAGCUGGUGAACAUGGGGGGCUACACCGGGAAGGUGUGUGUCAUGGCCAAGGUCCUCUGCCUGAGUCCUGAGAGCAGCGCAGAGUGCUUGGAGGGUGCAGUCUCUCCGAUACAUUACCCCAGGUCCUAUAGCCUGGCAGACACCCAGCAGGUGCAAGGCUUGCUGCAGGCCCUCGUGAUUGUCCUGCUCGGCUUCAGGUCUUUCCUGAGUGACCAACUUGGCUGUGAGGUUCUAAAUCUGCUCACAGCUCAACAGUAUGAGCUAUUCUCUAAAAACCUGUGCAAGAACAGAGAGUUGUUUGUCCAUGGCUUGCCUGGCUCAGGGAAGACAAUCAUGGCCAUGAAGAUCAUGGAGAAGAUCAGCAAUGUGUUUCGCUGUGGGGCAGAUAGAAUUCUCUACAUUUGUGAGAACCAGCCAUUGAGAAACUUUGUCAGUAAUAAGAAGAUCUGCCAAGCAGUGACCCGGAAAACCUUCAUGAGAGAUAACUUUGAACAUAUUCAACACAUCAUCAUUGAUGAAGCUCAGAAUUUCCGCAUUGAAGAUGGAGACUGGUACGGGAAGGCAAAAACCAUCACUCAGAAAGCUGAGGAUUGCCCAAGAAUCCUCUGGAUCUUUCUGGACUACUUCCAGACCAGCCACGUGUGUCGCAGUGGCCUCCCCCCUUUCUCACACCAGUAUCCAAGAGAACAGCUCACCAGAGUGGUCCGCAAUGCAGAUGAAAUAGCCAGGUACCUACAAGAAAUAAUGCAGGUCAUCAGAGAAAAUCCUCCACAUAACCUCCCCUCUGAGUAUCUGGCCAUGUGCCAUGAAGCUAAAUGGGUUGCAGGUGUUGCAGGCAAUGUAACGGUUAAAGACCUGGACUUGGAGGAGAUGACCAUCUAUGUAGCAGAUCAGUGCCACUUUCUCUUGAGGAAUGGUUACUCUCCCAAAGAUAUUGUCGUGCUUUUCAGCACAGCAAGUGAAAUGGACAGAUAUAAAGAUAAGUUUUUGAAAGAAAUGAGGAAGAGAAAAUUUUCUCAGAUGGAUGAUGAAUCCACUUUUACCGAUGCCAUGUUGGACAGUGUCCGUCGAUUUUCAGGCCUGGAGAGAAACAUUGUGUUUGGGAUCAAUCCCAGCACAGCUGAGCCAACCAUUUUUUACAAUCUUCUGCUCUGCCUGGCCUCCAGGGCAAAUAAACAUCUGUACAUUCUGAGGCUUUCCAACUAA